AUGUUAAAUUGUAAUAAUUAUUAUGGAUAUUUUCUUAUAUUCAUCAUGCCGUUAUUAUUAGCGUUUCAUCUCAUUUUAUGUGGAAACAAAUCAAAAUCAAAUUCAAAAUUAAAAGAUUCAGACCAAAAUAGUUGUAGAUUUAAAAAUGAUAUUUCGCUUUCUCCUAAAGGUAUUGUUAAAAAUCAAAUAAGUAAUCUACGUCUACCUGUAUUGAGUAAAAAAAAAGAAAAUAAACAAAAACAUCAAAAAGAAGGUGACUAUUUAGUUAAAAAUAGAGUAAAAAAUGAUUUUUUUAAAAACCCUGAUAUAAAUGACAAUGUACAUGUGUUAAAAAAUGCUCCUGAAAAUUGUGGAGAAUUUCAAGAUAUACAAAAUCAAGAUAAUUGUAGCAAAAAAAAUUUAAAGAACAAAAAUGAAAUUAAAUGUUUAUCAAUAGAUUUAACUCAAGAUGACUCAAAUGUUGAUAAGACAAUUUCAUCAUACGUCAGUCUACUUUCUACCAAACCAUAUGUUCAUCGACCACCAAAAAGAAAUAAAAAAUCUGUAUCUGCUAUAAGUAGUGUAUCAAAAACAGUAAAUGAUUUAAGUACAAGAACUGCCUGUCAAAAAUUAGAAAAUUUUGAUAUUUGUAAAUGUAAAAAUAUUUCAAAGAAAAAAUGUGAUUGUAAAGUUAAAAAAGUAUGUGAAGAUAAAAAAAUGAAAGCAGAAGUUGAAAUGCCUUUAAUUAUUUCAUUACCAACACGUUUUAAAACAGCAGAAGCAUACAAAAUAGAUGAUAAAGAUAUGAAGAAAAAUAAAUCUCAAGAACCUCCCAUUAGAUCAGAUUAUUCUUUUGGGUCUACAGUUAAAGAAACUGGUAAAAAUAAAGGAAAAAAAGAGAAUAAAAGAUCUUAUGGUAACACAGAAACAUUUCCACCACCAACUUCUCUUCAAAUUUUACAACAUCAUUCAAAUUUUGAAUUAGAUGAUUUAACAGAAAGAAUAAGAAUGAUGGGUGAAGCACCAAAAUUAGAAGAAGCUAUUCAAAUAAGAGAUGACGACUCAAUAAUAGCAGCUCUAAAAAUGAAACAAAAUGCUUUGACAAAUAAAGAUAAAGAUUAUAAGGUUGCUAACUAUGUAUGUGAUAAAUCUAAAGAAAUUACGAAUACUCAAACUAAACAAAAAGAGUAUCCAAAGCCUAGAAAAAUAACAGAAGUUUAUAAAAAUGAACAAAUACUUAGAAGAAUAUCUCAAUCUCAUAAUAAUAAUAAUUAA